AUGGAUAAUGCGACCAUGAGCUCCUUCUUGGAGUACUACAGCGGUGGUGGUGGUGGUGGUGGCGGUGGUUGUGGUGGUGGUAUCAGCAGUGAGUCCACGGCCUUCGCGUCGACCCAUUACGACCCAGACGUGGCGUGCGCUCUGAGCGCGAACGACGGCACGAAUCGAUUCUUCAUUGGCAUCAACCACCACCACAACCACCACCAGCACCACCAGCAGCAACACAACCACCACCACAGCGACAACAACAACCACCACCACCACUACCACCAACAGCAUCAACAACAACAGACCCACAACCGCUACACGACCACCCCUCCUCCUCUUCCUCCGUUCCACGCUGUGUGCCAGUCUGGAUAUCUGACACCACCACCGCCACCACCACCACCACCGCCGCCACCACCACUCGCUUACGGUGGUGGCGUCGGCGUUGUUGCCGGCGGCCCCGUUGGCUGCGGCCACUACCUCGACGCAGAGUUGACGUCCACCUCGACCACGAUGGAGUCCACCUCGGCGGACCGACGCGUCUCCCGUGGCCCCUUCUCCGUCCUCGAUCCGCGCGCGAUCCGAGACUCUCCCACGGUGCCGGGCGCGGUGUUCGCCACGGGCGCGACUCGCUACGGCCUCUGUUGCCUGCGAUUGUCGCCGCCGCCGCCGCCGCUGUCGCUAGCGACUUUUGACUUCCAGUCGACGAACUUGGAGCCGCAGGCGACUUCGUCAGAGUCGUCGUCAGAGUCGUCUUCGUUGUCUUCGGAGUGUUCGUUGUCUUCGGAGUCGUCGUUGUUGGAGUCAUCGUGCUCGCCGAUUUUCCUCCAGACGCACACCUUCGACUGGAUGAGGGUCAGGCGCAAUCCGCCCAAAGCUGCGGCUAACCCCAUCGGCUGCGGCGGGGUCAACCGCAUUGGCGACGGCGGCGUUGUUGUUGUUGGUGGUGGUGGAAUUGGUGGUGGCGUUGGUGGUGGCGUUGGUGGUGGCGUCGGUGGUGGUGGUGGCGUGGGCCCUUCCCUGCCCCUCGUGGCCGGCGUGCCUCUGCUGGGCGCCGCCCCGCGCACCAACUUCAGCACGCGGCAGCUCACCGAGCUGGAGAAGGAGUUCCACUUCAGCCGCUACUUGACGCGUGCGCGACGCGUCGAGGUGGCCGCCGCGUUGCAGCUGCACGAGGCGCAGGUCAAGAUCUGGUUCCAGAACCGGCGGAUGAAGCAGAAGAAACGCGACAAAGAGGUGGCGGCGGUGGCGGUGGCUUCGGUGGCUUCGGUGGCGACAACUGACGACCGCGAAAUCUCGUCGCCGGGACGAGUCAGCGGAGCCGGCGAGGCUGCGGUGUCACCUCCUGUUACGCAGCAGCAGCAGCAGCUGCAGCAGCAGGAGCAGCAGCAGGAGCAGCAGCAGGAGCAGCAGCAGCAGCCAGAGUCGAGACUCCAGUUGGAGACAAGCGGCGGCGGUGAUGAAAGUUGGGAGAUGAAUUCGGAGAAUUCGCCGGCUGUGUCUUCUCCGCGCUCGAUGGCCCCUUCUCCUCCUGAUGCCGCUCCGCAGUUCUCACCCAGAGCGUGA